UAUGAGUUAUCUAUUUUUUGGUACACUCCCUUCUUCAGUGCCACCUGUCUUUGGUAUGAUAUCUAGUUUAUUUAGACACAACUCCAUGUUUAAAACAAAUGCAUGAUUAUGAAGACUGUGCUUUCGAGUAAACAUUUCAAUUAUUUCUAAUAGAUCAAAUACUAAAUAAAUGGAAAUCAUUCAUCCUAGUUGGCCUUCAAUGUGGCCUAGAAUGCUUACUGAUGGCAAGUCAAUAGUAAUUAUUUCUACUUAGACUCUAGGAUUUUGGACAUACACCCAUGCAUCAAGAUAGCUCAACACAUUAUACAUAGUAUUAUCUUAUUCUUAUACUGUUAGUAUGCGACCAUUAACAAAAAAAAUCAAGCAUUAUUUAUGGGAAUGUGAAGAGGAAAGAUUUGUUUAUAAGGCUUGUUUAAGAAAAUUAAUUAGUCUCAAAAGAACAGAUAGACAUACAAGUUGGGACACAGCAUCAGUUAGUAAUUUAAGUCUGGUGUGAU